AUGGCAGAAUACAUGAAGCCGUUCAGAAAUUCUCAACCUCUCGUUCCACUAUUACUCGACUAUGGAGGUCUGCAAGAAAGCAACAUCAAGAAGCGAGGCACGAUUAGGAAGCUUGCAGUUGGUCUAGAAAUCAGUAAGAGCACAAUUGGCAGGUGGGUGAAAUCUGGAAAAAUCAGAGCACACACAAGUGCUCUAAAACCAGAUUUGACAGCCACCAACAUGCUAUUGAGGCUGCGAUUCUCACUUGAAUCCUUAGAAUUGGAUAGGAUUCUUAAUAUAAUCAAAUUCAGAGAUAUGCAUAACACCGUGCAUAUAGACGAGAAGUGGUUUUACAUUACUCGAGGUUCACAUAGAUACUACUUAGCACCCAGAGAGCCCGAGCCACACCGAACAUGUAAAAGCAAGAAAUUCAUUACCAAGAUCAUGUUUAUGUGUGCUGUAACAAGGCCAUUGAUAGCAGAAAAUGGCACUGUUUUAUUUGAUGGUAAAAUAGGCAUAUUUCCGUUCAUCGUCCAAGUUCCAGCUAAGAGAAAUAGUAGGAACAGACAAGCCGGCACCCUUGAGACUAAAGCAAUCGAGUCAAUCACAAAAGAAGUGAUUAAAGAUUGUUUAAUCAACAAGAUCAUACCAGUCAUAAUGGCUAAGUGGCCAGAGGGAGCUAGCAAAGAUAUAUUCAUUCAACAAGACAAUGCAAGGCCUCACAUAUUGGAUAAUGAUCCAGAUUUCAGGAAGGCAGCUAGCCAAGGAGACUUCAACAUUAGACUCACACAACAACCACCAAACAACCCAAAUUGUAACAUAAAUGACUUGGGAUGGUUCCGAGCCAUUCAAUCGCUACAAGUUGAGACUGCGUGCAAAACAGUAGAUGAACUACUGAAAGCAGUUGUGGAUUCUUUUGAGAAGCUAUCACCUCAUACCCUUAAUGCUGUUUUCCUUAGUUUACAGGGAUGCAUGAUGGAAAUAAUGAAGUUUAAGGGGCAGAAUUGUUACAAGAUUCCACACAUGGGAAAAGAUGCACUUAGAAGGUUGAACCAACUGCCACAGAACUUGGAAGUCCCAGUGGAGUUAAUUCAAGGGUAUAUAGACUACCUAAAUGAGAUGGGCAGCCAAGAUGGAAUCACAGAGAUAGUGCAAAGCCUUGGUUUAGAUGAGAUUGAAGGUUACUAA